AUGAAAGUCGGGAAUAUUCCUUCGACGGAGACGGCAGUUAUAGAACUGCGCUACUUCUGCGAGCUUCAAGCACAAGACGUUACCGACGACUCCGCUUCUGAAAGCCAACGGCAGUUUGGCCCACCAAGUGGAAUCCCAUUCUGCAAGGUGAACGUACCCUACACAUUUUCAUUCUCGGCAAGUCUGACAUCUCAAUGCUCAAUAAUGAGGGUGACUUCUGCCAAGGACGCCUUUGAAUUAAAAUAUCAGGGAGAAGACAAAAAGGCCGCAAAGAUGACAUUGCAAAGUGAGUUCAAGUUUGACCACGAUCUGGAAAUGGAGAUAAUGUUUGCCGAUCCGACCAAAUUGAUGGUCACAUACGAGGAAGGUGAUUCGAAGGCUGGAAGCGGAAUUCUCACCCUCGACAGCCUGACUGUGAACUUCUUGCCAACGUUUAAGAAGGGCACUGAAGCACGCAAUGAGAUCAUUUUUCUUAUUGACCGCUCCGGAAGCAUGGAUGGGAAUAAAAUUCUACAGGCGAAAGAAUCCCUUCUUCUGUUUCUCAAGUCGUUGCCCACGGAUUGUCAUUUCCAGAUAGUUGGCUUCGGAAGCACAUUCAGCGCACUGUUUGAUGAGUGA